CAUCAUGAUAAAAUCUUGACUAUUCUGCGUGGCCGUCUUCGACUCUUCAAUUUUCAUGUCUAUGGCAUGAACCGUCUUUUUCUACUUGGAUUUCACUGCGAACGGAAGGAAAAAUGAAGGCGAAAGGAGAAUUGAAGGAGUACGAAGUGAUCGGGCGAAAACUGCCUACAGAGAAAGAAAAAACAACUCCAUUGUAUAAGAUGAGGAUCUUUUCUCCAGAUCUUAUUGUCGCCAAAUCAAGAUUUUGGUAUUUUCUCCGUCAGUUGAAAAAGUUUAAAAAAUCUACUGGUGAAAUCGUAUCUGUGAAACAGAUUCCCGAAAAAACACCAAAUAAAAUCAAGAAUUUCGGAAUUUGGCUGAGGUAUGAUUCAAGGUCUGGCACGCAUAACAUGUAUCGAGAGUAUCGAGACUUGUCUGUGAGUGGAGCAGUAACGCAAUGCUACCGCGACAUGGGUGCAAGACAUCGUGCUCGUGCCCAUUCUAUCCAAAUCAUCAAGGUUGAGAUAGUUAAGGCGAGUCAGUGCAGAAGAUCACAGGUGAAACAAUUCCAUGAUGGUAAGAUCAGAUUCCCAUUGCCCAAGCGCAUCGCACAUAGGAAUCGUAUGCCCACGUUCAGCGUGCGAAAACCACGUACAUAUUUCCUUUAAGCGGUUUGAUUCAAAUGCCCUUGGCGAAAAUGGAAAAUAAAAAUACGUUUAAUAAAAA